AUGGCCAGAGCAUACAAAAUUGAAGAUUUUAAUCGCCUCAUGCAAGAUAUGGACAACAUUGAUAAGAGGGUAAGGGGUUACCUAUUCCAAGUUGGUUAUGAAAAGUGGUCUAUAGUGCAUUCCACUGUUAAUAGAUCCAUGGUGAUGACUUUAAAUAUUGCGGAGUCACUCAAUGCAAGGAACAGAGAGGCAAGAGAGCUACCAAUCAUGAGUUCGCUAGAUUACAUGAUGAAUUUGGUUAUGGAAUGGAAUAAUACAAAUAGAAUGACUGCAAUGAGUACAUUUAUUGGCGCGAGGCCUUCAACCGAUUAUGUAUAUGUAGUAAUGGAUACCGAACAAAGGCGGAACAUAGUCUGCAUGCAAAAAAGAGAAUGCUCGUGCAAACGAUUUCAAGUGGAUGAGAUUCCUUGUCCACAUGCUAUGGCAGUAUUGGACUACACACACAUGGAAGCACCCAAAUAUUGUUUUGCCUAUUACACCAAGGAAUACAUCAAGAAGACAUAUGAAGUGCCAGUUAAUCCACUUCCAGAUGAAAUUUCAUGGGACCUUCCAACAGAGGUGUUAGAUAAUGUGGUCCUACCACCGAUAGUGAAGGGCAAACCAAGAAGACCGACGAAGUCGCGACGCAAGAGAUUUUAUGAAUAUCUGUAUACUGAAACUGUUACAUGUGGACUGUGUGGAAAACAAGGACAUAACAGAAGAACAUGCAGGAAUCCUCAAGACAACUAG